GGUAGCAGAGAAAGUUGGGAGGAAAUAGCCCAGGAAAAGUGACACUCGCGGAGCCUGCCGGAGCGCGGAGGAAAUAAAAGCAGCGGCGGGCAGGAAGUGUGAGAAGGAAGGGGAGAAGAAGAAGAAGAAGAAGGAGGAGGAGGAGAAGAAGAAGAAGAAAACACAACAGGAGCAGCAGCCGGUACUGCCGCGGCAGAAGAGAAACCAAAAGCCGCACACCGGCUCUGUGCCGCCUGGCCCGGUAUCCGCGGAGCUGCGCGCCGCUGCCAUGGCCCGGGAGAACGGGGACGGUGGAGGCUCAUGGAAGAAGCAGGCGGAGGACAUCAAGAAGAUCUUCGAGUUCAAGGAGACGCUGGGGACGGGUGCAUUCUCUGAAGUUGUUUUGGCUGAAGAGAGAGCGAGCGGGAAACUAUUCGCAGUCAAGUGCAUUCCCAAGAAGGCACUGAAGGGGAAGGAAAGCAGCAUAGAGAAUGAAAUUGCCGUCCUGAAGAAGAUCAAGCAUGAAAAUAUAGUUGCCCUGGAAGACAUCUAUGAGAGUCCAAACCAUUUGUACCUGGUCAUGCAAUUAGUGUCUGGGGGAGAGCUUUUUGACCGCAUUGUUGAGAAAGGGUUCUACACUGAGAAGGAUGCCAGCACCCUGAUCCGGCAGGUCCUGGAUGCUGUCUACUACCUGCACCGAAUGGGCAUCGUGCACAGGGACCUCAAGCCUGAGAACCUGCUUUACUACAGCCAGGAUGAAGAGUCAAAAAUCAUGAUCAGUGACUUUGGGCUGUCAAAGAUGGAGGGUAAAGGAGAUGUGAUGUCCACAGCCUGCGGGACUCCUGGCUACGUUGCUCCUGAAGUGCUGGCCCAGAAACCCUACAGCAAAGCUGUGGACUGCUGGUCCAUCGGGGUCAUUGCUUACAUCCUGCUCUGUGGGUAUCCCCCUUUCUAUGAUGAAAAUGACUCUAAACUCUUUGAGCAGAUCCUUAAGGCAGAGUAUGAGUUUGACUCUCCGUAUUGGGAUGACAUCUCCGAGUCAGCUAAAGACUUCAUUCGGAAUUUGAUGGAAAAGGACCCUAAUAAAAGAUACACCUGUGAGCAAGCCGCACGGCACCCUUGGAUCGCUGGUGAUACAGCACUCAACAAAAACAUCCACGAGUCAGUCAGUGCUCAGAUCCGGAAGAACUUUGCAAAAAGCAAAUGGAGACAAGCGUUUAACGCCACAGCAGUGGUACGGCACAUGAGGCGGUUACACCUCGGCAGCAGCUUGGACAGCGCCAGUGCCAGCGUCUCCAGCACCCUCAGCCUCGCCGCACCGCUUCCUGACGCAGCCACACGGAAAGAUUGUAUGUCUCCAUCCACUCUGUGUAGUUUUGUUUCAUCUGCUUCUUCAGGCGUUUCUGCAGUAGGAGGGGACCGGAGACCCAGACCCACCACAGUGACCACGGUGCACACAGGGAGCAAGUGAGAGCUGGGGCAGCGAGAAGCGGGCAGCUGGCUGGGCUGGCAGGUUGCCUCUGCGCCAUCCCACCCUGCAGUGCACGCUCAGUGAAGGACUAGAAGAAAGAAGAUUUUUUUAUGGCCAUAUUUUAUACUGCAAUUCUGAAAUGUUUCAUUUAUCACAAACUGCAAUGACUCCAGGGGGAACGGAUCUAACAGUCUCUAACGGUGCUGUACAUAUAUAUACAUAUAUAGAAAUACAUAUAUAUAUAUAUAUGUGAGUCUAGCAAUGUUCUAACUAAUGAACACUCAUUCUUUUCCCCAGUGAUCUACUUUUUUCUCAGUGUAGGUAACCAUACAUGUUGUAUUUUUUUUCCAUUAACUACAAACAUCUCAACUGGAUUAUUUAAAUAGAGAUGCUUUUCUGAGCAUUAUUUUUUUUCCCUUUGAAGAAGUACUUCCAGUAAUGUCCCUCCUUCCAGUUUGCUGGGGGUAGGCUAUUUCUGUAGGUAGGAAUUGAUGUUAACUUUGCAACAUGGGAGGAUUUCAAUGGCAUGCCAUUUCUUGCUCCUCAAAUCAGAUUGCAAGGCUGUCUGGCUUUAGCAGAGCUGUUAUUGUUCAGAUUAAGGAACUGCUGCUUUGCUUACCCUCCUUCUUGAAAGCCAUGGUGAGAGUUAAAUUGCCACCAGCUGGGAUUCAGUUCAUCCUUGUCCUCAUUCCUGUAGAGCUGGGGAUCUGCAGCACCCAUGUUUCAGAAGAGAGGCAGAUACAUGGUGCUGCUUGUCAGGAGCCAACUAGAGCUGAGCAAAUGAAUGACAGAGCACAGGCUCAUCUUGCAGCUCCUAUCUCCUUCAAGUCUCUGUGUGUUAGGAGCAGAGUGAAAGAAAAGGAAGAUGUGAGACCAGGAGUCCAAGAACUCUCUCUUCUGCCCUCAAGCAAGACAUUUAAUCCACCAGCCUCCUCCCAGCCUGGCCUCUGGCACAGGGCACAUCCAGCCCACAGGCUCUGUGUCAGAGGUGCUGAGCACCUGGAGUUUCUCAGGGCUUUGCCUGGUGUUGCGGAUGCUCAGCACCUCCCAGACUUGCCAAAAUUCAGUUUGGACGUUAAUCUCUGUAUUUCUGGGUUUCAGCCUCAGGGAGAAGGCUGAUGCUUGCACUCCUCUGUGGCAAGUUCAUAGGUGCAAAGUGCAGGAUCUUGUCUAGUGUUGCUCCAUCAUGCUUAGAUCUGACCAAGGACUGCAGAGGACCACUGACCUGGGAAAGCAAAGUGUCAGUGAAAGGCAUGAACAUAUGCAGGAGCAGUGGCGACACUUGCCUCUCCCUCCUCCAGAAGCUCAUAUACAAAAGUAAGAUCAAUCUCCCCCAUUUUUAAAAUUAAUAUAUGCACUUCCCAGGCUACAUCUGCUGGUGCAUCAAUUAGAAAGAGCAACCAUGACUGUAACACAGCCAGACAUCAAAGCCACUUGAAACAGAGAGGAAAGCAGAUUUUCCUGGAUUUGCCAAGAGGCUUCAGGUGUCUUUUAUGCCAUUCUCAGCAGUGAUUUUCCUUUGAUAUGACGAGAAAGGGGGCAGAGGCAGGCACCUUUCUCUAGCUGCUCUGAGCCUCCCACACCCUGAACAGGGCCAUCUGCUGCCAGAGGCACAACUUGUUCACUACACCUCUCUUGAUUGCCACACUUGUGUCAUCUGUACUGCACAAGAAAUUUUGAAAGCCAACCACAAGCACAGCUGAAUGUAUUGGGCAAUAUGCUAGGGAAAAAAACAUGAAAUGCAUAUUUUUUCACUGAGGAUUCAAAAUCUUCCUUCAACUUCAGUCAGUUGACCUCAGCUGACAGAGCCUGGACUUCAUCCAUUGUGCUUUGAGUGCUAAAAGCUGGAAAAACAGAUGACAGUGAGCACUAACUCUGAAACGGCUACUCCUUUGGUGGCACAUAAAGCCAUUCCACCAGAUAGAGCCCUGCUUUCCUUGGUAUUAAGAUGCUCCCCAUUUUUGGAGGGACCCAUGGUAUCUCCCAUCAUGUUGCAGCUGGUAUGGAUGUUAACAUGGAAAGGCUUCAACUUCAGCUUCUCAUUUUGGCAAAGAUGACAGAUAUUGGUCUUGUCGGGGCUGGUAGCAAGACUCCAUAGAAUUUCCCUUGUGAGGACUUUUGACCAAGAUUUGGGCAGACUGCAGAGCAGGGAGUCUCCUUGCUGCAAGUCACAUAACUGACCCCAUCUCC